AUGCCACGUACUUCUACAACAUCAACAACGGUAAAAUAUUCAAAAAUGAUGCAUAUCAUGCAUAUAAGUAUUCAACAUAGGCAAAAGAUUUCAAAUGAGAAAAGAAUAAUUGAACGAACUCUACUUCGACGUCAACCACGUCGACCACGUCGACUACAACGUCUACGUCAACAACUUCAACGACGACCUCGACAACAACAACAACUUCAACGACGACCUCGACAACAACUACAACAACUACAACAACAACAACUACAACAACAACUACAACAACAACUACAGCAACAACUUCAACAAGUACUCUAG